AGGUAAGUGUUAAUCAAAAGGAACAGAAGAAGGUUUGAAGACAAAUUUGUGAAAGAUUAAAGAAGGUAAAAUGUAGAUGAAUAAUAUUAUUGGGAGGGCAGAGAUGUUGUUAAUUUCAGUUACAAGGAAUAAAUAGGUGGACGAAAGGAUUGACGAAGAAGCAGUCCCAAAUUCCCAACAGAAUAAUAACAAAAUGUUUGGAGUUGAAGCCAAUUGCAGGUUCAUAUGGGUUCAAUCUCCCAUUAUUUCCAGACCCAAAAUUUGUUUACUGAAAACGAAAUCAAAUCCCUACUUACGGUUGGAUUUCGAUUUGCGCAAAACCCACUAUUCCUCUGCCCUCUCAUCCCCAUUUGCUUUGCAUUUCACUCUUCCCAAAAACAAUGCAACUCAGACCCAUUUCAUCAUUAGUGCUUCAUCAUCUUCAGUUGGAAGUGUAGAAUACACUGAGGAGCCUUCUACCAAAGUAAAAUUUCAGAAAACUUUGAAUUUGCCAGGUUGCUCAAGUUCUUUGUCAUUGCUUGGAACAGGAGUCAGGGAAAAGGUUUUUGCAAUUGUUGGCGUUAAAGUCUAUGCUGCUGGCCUUUAUAUAAACCCUGACGUUCUUAGUGAACUAGACUCGUGGAAAGGACGUUCAGUUGCUGAACUUCAAGAGGAUUCGUCUUUGUUCAGCUCAAUUUUUCAAGCUCCUUUGGAAAAAUCAUUACAGAUUGUUCUUGUUAGAGACAUAGAUGGUAAAACAUUCUGGGAUGCCUUGGAUGGUGCCAUUUCUCCAAGAAUCAAAUCACCAACUCCUGCUGAUGAAUCUGCGCAGCUCACAUUUCGUAGUAUCUUCCAAGGACGACCUCUUAAAAAAGGAACUUGCAUUUAUUUGAGUUGGCUAAACCCGUCCAAAAUGAUCGUUUCUGUUUCAACAGGUGGGCUUCCAUCUAGUGUGGAUGCUACAGUUGAAUCAGGAAAUGUAAGUUCUUCUCUCUUUGAUGUAUUCUUUGGAGAUGUUCCAGUUUCUCCUUCCUUGAAAGCUUCGGUCACCAACGGGAUCGCGACAAUCCUCAAGUAGUUUUCGUCAGUAAAGUUCUUAAAAAUAAUUAUGUGUCCGGCAAAUUUCACUUCAUUCAAUAUGUGUUUGUAUGAUCACCACUCCAGUCUUCAUUCUCUUUUUUUGUGUCUAUGAAUGUACCUUGGACUUGACCUAGGAUAUGUAGCAUACUUCCAAUGAUAAUUCAUGAAAAUUAAAACAGAAA